UCAGAACUGAGUGAAACUCAGACCACUGAACUGCUGAAGAAAAUGUUUCAAACAUUUGCUUUUUGCUGUUUGUGCUGUUGCUGUCUGGUUGGUGUGUUUGCUGAUACAGAUGCAGUGAAGUCAGUGUCAGUGACUGAAGGAGAUUCUGUCACUCUAAACAUUAGACUCAAUGAAAUACAGAAGGCUGAUCAGAUACUGUGGAAGUUUGGAACUAACAGGUCACUCAUAGCUAAAAUCAAUCGAGAGGCUGGAAACUCAUACACAUCUGAUGGUCCUGAUGGGAGAUUCAGAGACAGACUGAAGCUGGACAGUAAGACUGGAUCUCUGACCAUCACAAACACCAGACUUUAUAAAGUGUCCAUCAAAAACAGCAGCUCAGAGACUAAACACAGAUUCAGUAUUACUGUCUAUGCUCCUCUGCCUGUUCCUGUCAUCAGCAGUAACUCCACACAAAACUCAUCAUCAUAUUGUUCAUUGGUGUGUUCAGUGGUGAAUGUGAGUCAUGUGAGUCUCUCCUGGUACAAAGGAAACAGUUUAUUGUCCAGCAUCAGUGUGUCUGAUCUCAGCAUCAGUCUCUCUCUACCUCUGGAGGUUCAGUGUCUGGAUGAUUCCUACAGCUGUGUUGUGGCUUAUUCAUUCACCAACCAGACCACACAUCUCACCAACACUCAACUAUGUCAACCAUGUCCAGAUUGCACAUUCUGUUGUCACGUUACUGAAGCUGUGACUCGAUUGGUCAUCUCUGCUGUGGUGGGUGUGGCUGCUGCUUUUAUUAUGGUGUAUGACAUCACAUCCAGAAAAGUUGAAAAGUAGAGAUGACAGAACAGACAUCAUCAUCAUCAUCAUCAAACCCUUGCAGAUAAAUUAUAUAUUCUAACAUUGUUAAUGUGUCCAACCCUUGUCAGAAUAUUUUUUACAUUUAAAUAAACUGGCAUAUCAGUUCAUAUUGAAUGACCUUAUGGAUGAUAGUUUAGUUGUUUUAUUUUGGCUAAACCAUAACUGAGAUUAACAGAGGUUUCUUUCACCACUAGGUGGAUAUUUUAUUUUAUUUUAUUUUAUUUUAUUUUAUUUUAUUUUAUUUUAUUUUAUUUUAUUUUAUUUUUAUCAUUUCUUCAUAUAAAUAGCGCCACCUACUGGUCCAGUAUUUAAUCAGCGUUAGCAAUGUUAGGAGGCUUUUUAAGUCAGUGCAUGUAAAUAGCUCAGCUGUUUAAUUACAUUUAGUAGCAGGGUGGUAGCUUUGCUGUUUUGAAUAAUGUAGCUUUUCAGAAUGUGCUGUUUUGUUCAGUAGUGUGGUAUUGUUGUGUAGUAAGAUUUUCUUUCUCUGUGUUC